AGUUUGUUGCUCAAGCUGUUCCCGAACGGACGUCUCCCCCAGAAUCGCUCGCUCCCGACAGUUGGCACUUCGAUUUAGUUUCGGUUUAGCUUCGAUUCGGUUUCGGCCAGGAGUUGCUCUAUAACUAAAAAAAAGAAAGGAAAAGAAAAGAAAAGAAAAACCAAGGAAAGGAAAGAACAGAAACCAGUUUGGUGGGGAGUUGCUCCCUAAAUUAAAGGAGUGGAAAUUCUUUGCCAUCGUAGUUGGCCGUGUGUGUGCGUGCUGCACGGAAGAAAUCACAUUACCUCGGCAAUGUGUCGCGGUAAUAUACAAAAAUGGAGCCUCUAAUGCAUAUGUGAAAUGAUCAACCAAAGGGCCAUUUAUCAGCAUCCCCGAAGUGAGCUGGGAAAAGUGUAAAAAUAAGCAAGCAACCUGCAACUAACAAGCAAACAACAGCCAUAACAAUUUGUCAAGUACACAACCACACACCCAAAAACACAAAGCAGGUGAAAGUCCAAAUAAACGCGCGCGUUUUAAAACGCCCCAAAGCAGCGAGAGGCGGGCAAAGGAUUAUCGCGAUGGCAAGGACCACGGAACUGAAGCUGGCUAUGGUGGAUCCUGCGAAAUGAAUUUAUGCCUGUGCAGUUUUCCAUCGAUUUUCGUCUUGCGCCACAACGGACUGGGGAUGAAACACCAAACACAUAAAACGGAUUUGAUAUUCAAAAAAUAUGCAGAAACAAGAAAAAAGGCGCGAGCUGCGCCUGAAGCGAUUCUGGCGCUCCCCCAAGACCACAUCCUCGGAGGACUCCAAUGGCUAUGAGAGUCCCACGAGGACGAAGGCGUCCAGUGCCGGCGGCAGCAGCGAUGCCCAGAGAUUCAACCACCUGCACUACACCAGCCUGUCGCAGGGAUCGGGCACCUCCUCCUCGGCCGGCGGAGCCACUGCAUCCGGAGCGGGGGCGCCGUCUCUUGGGCAGUCCGGCAACAACAAGCCCUCCUGCUCGCUGCCACUUUUGCAGGUGUGGCCCAGCCAGCCGCUCCUGCGCCAGGAGGGCUUCGUUCAGUUGCGUCGAAACAGCGGCCCCGAGGGUCAGCGGGAUUCGCCGCGCGGCGAGGCGGAUGGCCAGUCCUUCGUGUUCCCGGCCAUUGUGGAGACGAGUGUCAGCAGUCCGACGGCCGUGGCCAGCGGAAGUGGCAGUAUCGGGAGCACCAACCUGAGUCUGAACGCCAGGAGGAGCAGCAACCACCUCAGCUUGUCCACGGACCGGCGGAGUUCUCUGUACUGUGAUACCCUGCACGCCGGCGACUCCGGCAUCGACUCGGUGCAGGCCUCGCCCUCGCCGAACGCCUUCAUAGCUCCACCGGGGGUUCACAACCUGCCGCUGGGCCAGACGGGCGGCGGAUCCUGCCACGUGUCGCCCACCAGCACGCCCACCCAGGGAUCACCCAAUUUGUCGCUAGGCCGCAGGAGCAUGCGAAACAGCAUUUGCGUGGUGCCCAGUGGAAACGGACGGAGGAAGUCGAGCGCCCUGCUGCAUCCGGACCACGCCCGGCUGUUCGCCCUGCGGAUGAAGCAUGCGGCCGCCCUGGAGAGGGCACAAACCUCUCCGGACCAAACCUCCAUCGAGGACGCCAACGAGUUCCACGACAAUGGACUGGCCACCAACCUGCGGCUGUGCUCGGCCUCCUCGUCGACGACGUCGUCGCUGACAUCCGUGGCCGCGGUCAGCCUGGGCGGUGCCGGUGGUGCGGGUGGUGCGAACACGACCUGUGGCUCCUCCUCCGGCUCCGCCUACGCUGUGGGCGCGGCGGGCGUCCAGCAGCGCGUCUCCGAUCCCUGGCUGCAGCCGCAAUCCGAUCGGGAACGGGACUCCCGGCACGACGGCAGGCGCAGGUCCUCCACGAUGACCGCUCGCUACUCCUUGUUCGAUGCCCUGGACCUGGAGUACGUGCUCUUGAGGGCCGCUGCCCGCGGUUCCGUGGGUCCCUACAGCCUCAGUGAGUCCAUACACAAGCUCACCUUCACCCAGUCAUUGGCUUUCCCGGCUCUGGCCCGUGGCCUGGCCACCAAACGGCGGAGGUCGGCUACGCACACCAGCUCACGGCCCCUGAAUCCCCAUGAGUCCGGUCUGAAUACCUGCGCCAAGGUGGUCACCGCCGUCGUCCUGGUGGCCCUGUCCUUCAUGGUGUUCCUCAUCGUCUACAAGUUCGUAAGGACGUGAGGUUUGCUCCUGGCCCCGUCGCCAGAGCUCCCAGUCACAUAUCAGGCCAACUACGGAGCGGAGGAGGGGUCCACAUCGGAGGGGUCCUCCAUCAUCUCGUCGGCGGGCCGCAGUCUGGGCAAGCACAUGUCGGGGUUCAGGAGCAAAUGGGGUCCACGUGAGGCCGACUUCGAGUGAUCUUCGGGAAGAUCGUUUGAACAGACAUAAGAACACUGGUCGCCAACAUUUUUGCUACUCGGAAAGGAUUAAUAAAGAAAAACGUUUAAUAAUAUGACAUAUUUCCUUGAAAAGUACCUACGAAAACCAUUUCGUUUUGGUAAAAAAUGGCCGACUAGUGACGUUUUUGUGAUAAAUGAAAGCUAAUUUUUCCACAAAAGAAAAGCAACAGAGAAAAACAAGGGUGGAACAUGUGCAUGUAAGUUAAUAAAAUAAAUAAAAGGCUUAAACACUUAGUAAAAACAGCUUCAAGAGGCUUGCCAGAGUUUCAUCAAAUUUAUAAUAUACUUAUGAAUAAUAUUUUUUAUAAAUAUAAAAUCGCAGCUCGCAUUUCCUAGGCUCCUAUUUAGCGAAGAUUUUUGAAUGGAAAUCCAAAUCCAGUUUCAUUGUUUGCAGUUGAAGUGCCUAACUAAUUUUAAUCGAACUACAAAUUACAUUAAUAAUCGCUUAAUUUUGUUCUCUUCUUAAAAACGAAUUUAGAAAUUGGCAGCUGCUUGGAAAAAGAAACUGCUUAUGCGCUGCGGUAGUCCAAAUAAUUUUCCAGUAGAUAACUUUUUUGAAGGAAAAAUAAAACUGGUGCAGGAAAUUGAGAGGACAUGCAUAUGAUUUAAACCUCAUUUUAUGGAAUUAUUUUAUAUUACUUUAGAAAAUAAGUUAAAGAGCGUUUAAAAGAGCAUUUGGUUUUUUAAGGCAUUGUUAUAAAAAUUCUAUUUUUCCAUCUGCAUUUCAGUUCUUAAGUUGAUUUUAAUUAUUUCUUUAAACUCGUUUUGUAUAAUUCAAAAAAUUGUAUUCGCUUGUAUAUGAAAGUCAAUUGAAAACCCCGUAAGCUGGUUAUUGUUUUAUAAUUGUGCUAAACCGAUUUGUUAACCACUCCUCACAAGAUCCAAAACACCAUGUUAGAGUUAUAUAAUUGGCUUUAGAAUUAAGGAUUAGGAAAUUGGCAGGCGAAUAGGAAACUACAAACAAGAUGAAUUUGUACUGAGUUGUUAAACGGCUAGAUGAUAUAUGUAGAUGAUAUGAUAUAUAUGGAAAUCCAGGCAUAUUUAAUUAACACAUUUAUGGUAGCUAUAUAUAGUUAUACAAGCAAAUAUAUAUGUACAUAUAUGUAUACAUGCAUUAUAUAUCUGUAUAUGGGUGUUUAUAAAUUUAUAUCUAAGCGGCUUAAAUGUGACAAAGCACUUGCUGAAAUACCAACACAAACUCUCUACUCUUAACUUGCUGCCUUACUUUCCUCUAGUGAAAAUAGUUCAAAAUAUUGAAAAGAUUAACGAACGAGCCCCGACUAACAAAUUCUUCAUAAAUUGCUGCCUUACUUUCCUAUACGAAUAAAAAUAAAAAUGAAAUAAACCUUUUGAAGAAACCUCUUUAUCUCUCAGAGCUUUUUUCCUAUUUCCUCUACGAGCUUGGCCUACCAAAGAACCUAAAAUGUGCAACAAGAAGCAGGCACAUUUUAUGUAGAGUAAAGAAUUAUAUACUAAAUGUAAAGUUAAAUAUACGAUAUUAAUAUUAAAGCUGGCUAAUGGAUACAUAUUUUGUUGCAUAAGUAUAAGUUAUUCCUUCCCUUUCUUGCAUAAAUUAUUUCUAUAUUUGUCGAUGGCAUUCAUCAAUAUUUAUGCAUAGUUUUAUGACCUCUCCUUUUUCAUUACGAUUGGUGUGCAACCAACUAUGGUUAAAUAAAAAUGCAUAUUAAAUGUCACAAAACCAGAAUGGAAAGAAAUGAAAAACCAACUGUAACCGUAACUGAAGUAAGUUGAAACGUGCAACAAUAAAAACGAAGAUAUUUUCAAAUAAA